UCUAAGCGUCAGGUUUCCGUAGCAACAGGUCCUUCACCGAGGCUUCCGGUGUUGUCUCACAUGUCCAAAGAAAACAUUGUAGCUAUCCUUUUUUAAAUUGGAAACAUAUGACUCCAUGUACUUUUGCAACUAACCAUCAUUCGAAGUGUGCUGCUGCAACAUGUUCAACUGAGGGCUGGCGUGUGACCUCUAUGACUGACUGUAGUCGGACUAAACCAGGCAUCACGUCUCAUUCCUGGAAAAAAGGUUGGUGUGUUGCCAUGACGUUCAUCUAGCCUCCUCCAUUGGACCUCUGACUUUAUCAGACAGGAAUUUAAUUACAUCUCUUUUACCUGAACAUUCCUCAAAUUAAAUGUCUUCAGGAAUGCUCUGAAGACCUGUACGAAAGCUCUGAAGACCUGUACGAAAGCUCUGAAGACCUGUACGAAAGCGAAUAGGGAAGCACCAAAAGGGAGAAACUUAAAAAUGCAGAGGCUUUCAUUUCACAUCAUCGCUGUCAUAAUAAGCUAUUUUCUCAAUGGCUGCAUAGUUGUUCACAGCCAGACAGUCUGCAACCGACCAGCCAAUCUGGAAUGGCACCUACAACCACAAACUGCUCAGGUGAAAUGGACACUCAUGGAAAACAUCUGUGAUAGUAUGGUCCAAUGUUGGGGUGAUCAAGAAAGGACAGAGACCCAAAAGUCAGAUGUUCCGCCAACUUGGAACUUACCUCAGAUUUGUCCUCUAGAGGUGCAGUUUGGCGUCAAGCUGUUUGUUUCUAUUGAUGCCACUCUGGAUUUAUACGGUAUCAGGAUCCUCAAUGUGUCAAAGGAGGACUUUGAAAGUUGUUCCACUGCACCACAGUCACAAGACCAGUUUCUCUGUUCCGAUGACGUUAUGAAUGCGUCUAGGCAGGUCCAACCUAAGUGGCUUCUCCCGGGCCUUCAUUAUUUCAUAGCUUCGCAUGAGGGGAAUUCACAGCUCUGCAAGCUGGGUCUUCGUCUCAACGUCUCUGUGAAGGAACAACAGUGUCAAAGCAGCCCACUAGUGCGACUCUGCUCCGGGAACGGUGUUUGUAGGACAAGCUUUUGGGAAGACGGAGCGUACCGCUGUCAGUGCCGCCAGCAUUACUCUGGAAAGUUCUGUGAGAAGUUUGAUGCGUGUUUGGAAAACCCAUGUGAGAACGAAGGAGUCUGUGUAACCAAUGGUACGACACAUCACAUCCACGCAACGUAUAAGUGUUUGUGCCCUCCACUUUUUACAGGGGCUAACUGCUCUGAUGUGAUUGGACGAGAGAACUGCGAAAGAUUUUGUCGUAAUGGAACGUGUCUCCAAGUUUCACCUUUCUCCUUCAAAUGUGUGUGUUACACAGGACACCCAGGUGCCAUGCCGGUUUGUGUCAAGAACUGCAAUGCUGCUGGGUUUUUCACGAUCAAAAGUUUCCUGUGUGUCAAGAAUGGUCCACCACCAAAAAGAAACCCAGCCAACGUGACAUCAUUUGGAAGCAUUGGAGUCAACAUGGCCCAGCAUCCCUGUGGAACGCUUUCGACUCCUUGUAGAGUCCAUGGCCCAACGAAUUGAGGCCGUUCUGAGGGUAAAGGGGGCAGGGGUACAACUAAAUAUAAUAGGAAACUGUUCUUAAUGUUUUAUACACUCCGUGUACAACAAUGUCUAUACUUUUUACAUGGUUUGUAAGGUUCACAAGCAAUGUUCCCUCUAAGCUGUGCGCUGUAGCCACGAGACUUCCGCUCAGAAGAAAUAUCAGCCCAUGGAGAGAAGCAUGAGAUUGAACUUCACUCAGCCUUCUAGAGUAGUGGUCACCAGCUGGUCGAUCAUGAUCCACUGGCCAAUCUUUCUUUAAAUUUUAUUUGUCUUUGGCAAAGAGCUGCUGUUUUUAUGAGUGAGUUCAUGUUUAACUUCUUACUCAGCCCUGUCAACACUUUGUAUUCAAGACUUUUAUAAGCCAUAAAAUGUGCAUUCUUCUUAUUUCCACUCAGCGCUACAACCAGCACUGCAGCAGUAAUGAAUGAGUAGGAACGUGUAUCUAUAGGCUUGUGUUGUUAUUAUAAGCAGCUUGGGUCUUUUUAAUAUCAAGGAAUAUUGAUAUGUUCAUAGGAGUAACAACACGAAUUUGUGCAUGAGGCAGAAAUAAUGCGGUGCGACUCGAGUUUCACCAUCAGCUGGAAACCGUGUCCCUUUUUGGUCAGCGUCCGUGGAGGAAAGGGAGAGCGGAGGGAUGUUGAGGCGGACCCUUCGCCUGAGACUGACCAUCAGAUGAAGGAACCAUCAGCCCAAUAAAAUAAAAGCAAUUUUUAAAAACGUAUGCUCACUCAAGUAAUACAACAACGGAUUUAUUACUGGUAUGAUCAUGUAACCUACCUCAAAUGUUUUAAUAUAAUUUAAAAAGAUGGCCUGAACAGCAAUGCAUUGGCAGGGCAAUUCCAUCAAAGCCAAUAUGUCAUUAUAAUGGUUUGGGCCUGUAGCCUACUGCACAAACCUCAUUGCUACAGUACUGUUUGUAAUUGGUUAAUGUUGCAAAGGCGUACGUUUUUUUAAAGCCAUUUUAAUACAAAACAUCUGAGCUGUAGAUCUCGGCUUGCAUUUUGACUCAGAAAGUGAUCUUGACUCAGAAAAGGUUGGUGACUACUGUUCUAGAGUUUUCCCUGUUAACACUAUCAACCUUUCCUUUUACUGUGGGAAUUGUAAUCAAAUCAACGCAAUAUUAGCCACUUUCAAUGCAACAUACCAAAACAACAAAACUAACUAUGCAAGACACUUUCUUGCAGGCAGAACAUAUCAGAGUAGGAUUCUAUUGCAUUGACAUGCAGGACUCAGCCCGUACUCUACACAGACCGGUGCGUUGACAUGCAGGACUCAGCCCAUACUCUACACAGACCGGCGCGUUGACAUGCAGGACUCAGCCCGUACUCUACACAGACCGGUGCGUUGACAUGCAGGACUCAGCCUGUUCUCUACACAGACCAGUGCGUUGACAUGCAGGACUCAGCCCGUUCUCUACACAGACCGGUGCGUUGACAUGCAGGACUCAGACCAUACUCUACACAGACCAGUGAGCCAUAACAAGUCAGAUGUUAUGCAGGAGGUCUAUAUGCAAAUAGACCAUUGCCAUAUAUGGAACUGGACUGUGUUUACAGCAUUAACGAUCGUGAGUAGAUGUGCUUGUUUUGGGAUCAAAGCGAAAGCUGAAUUUAGCCACGUGCACAUUUUGUUCAUAUCCUUUGCUAGUUAGUGAGUUAUUAGUCCAUUUAUAGAUCAUUAGUAGUCAGCAAUAGGGGAGUGAUUACUAGUUAGUGAGUUAUUAGGCCAGUUAUAGAUAAUUAGUAGUCAGCAAUAGGGGAGUGAUUGCUUCCUACAAGAGCACCUAUUGGGAUGGGUAUAAAACCAUUUUUUAAGGGACACAUUUAAACAAGUUUAAUUGAAUACAGGCUUAACUGAAUGACAACAUGGAUUAAAUGCAAUAUAUAAUUUUAUUGAAUAGUUUGGGGUAGGCCUCAUCUCUGAGGAAUGCUCCUCGGAGCCAAAUGCUGAUUACCGGUUGCUCUAUGCUGGACAGCUGGCAUCAAAAACCCCAGCUGGGAGAAUGGGCUUCCGAUGACUGGUGGUGGUGGAAGGUCGUUGGAAGACUGUUGCUGCAAAACAACAAGCAAGACACAAGGGUUGAGUUGACAAACUCUCCUAGAUUCAUUCCCAUUGGUUGGAGGAACGGAAAGUGAUUAUUGCACGAGUGCGCCCAUUCAGCAAGCGUGGUGGAAUUUCUCUAGUGUGCCAUGCUCAUAGGCUGAAGGUAAUAGGUGAAUGACGUUCCUCACACUUGCUAAUAGAAAAGUACCAGCGGAGACGUGAUGCUAUGUUGAUGAGGUAAUAUUACGAUACUACCCUAUACUAUACCUGCUAUGUUGAUGAGGUAUCAUUAUAAAUACUACCCUAUACUAUACCUG